CUGACCCACGAAAAUCCAAAACAGAAUACCAACACACACAACACAGACAUCUUUGAUCGUCUUAGCAAGUUUUUCCUCUGGAAAAUCCGCGUUAAUUUCGCAGUUAUGACACAAAAGUGACCCCAGUUUCCCGUUUUUAACCUUUUCCUUUCACAUUUUCCCGUUUCGUUCGUGCCAUCACAAGAAAAUCGGCUUAUUUUCCCGACGUGACGUCAUGUGAUUGCGUUUCUAUGAAGUGCGAGAACUUGGGAGACAGGCAGCGCUGUACAGUACACCAAAUGAAUCAUGAACUCAAUCGAAAACAGCUUCAUGAAGCCUCACCGCAGCAAUUAUCAUUCCGGCUACUUGGAAUCGCAACAACUAGAAAAAGUCACCAUCGAUCAGGCUCCGAUUAACGAGAAGAAAAUUGAAGAAGUAUGGUCCAAGCACAAUUUUGAUACCAACAAAGUCAAGGUUGAGAAUUUAUUUAAUGUUAAAACAACUUGGGGUGUGAGCAGUGGGGAAGAUGAUGCUGUGGACAAAAACGAUGAUUUCCAUGAUGAAGAUAUUUUGAUGAUGGAUACUACCAAAGAAUCUAAAUCUGUUACAGAUCCUGAUGAAGAUCCGCAAAUUGCAGAAGAUAUUUCACCGUCUCAUCAUGCCAGGAGGCCUCCAAACGCUUUUCUAAUAUUUUGCAAAAAACACAGACCAGUAGUGAGACAACGAUACCCCACCACUGAAAAUAGGGGAGUGACGAAAAUUUUGGGGGAAUGGUGGGCUUUAUUGAACGUCGCAGAAAAACAACCCUAUAAUGAUUUAGCUAAAGAGUACAAAGACGCCUUUCUCUCGGCGAACCCAGACUUCCGUUGGUACAAAUUGCCUGCGCCGCCUUUGCGCACGCUCACCACCCGUCCCACCACGAUCACCUCGAAGCUGCCACCGUCUGCUGCCAUGUCCAGCCCGCCCACGCUAACUUUGCCCGAAUUUACACCGGGAAAGUUGGCAGAUGAAUCUCAAUUGGGCGGUCUCACUUCUCUGAUGAACAACAAUUACACCGUUUCGAGGAAAACUGAACAGGAUUCGCUUUGUUGCGAAGUCGAAGACAAUAACAAUGAAAAUCCCGAAACCGAAUGGAAGGACUCCAGAAUGGAGCAGAAAAUUCAAGAGAUGUUUUCCAGUCCUAUUAAUGUGAUUACAAAGGUGCCGAUGCCACCAAAGCCGAUCAAAAAACGAAUUUUCGAACAGUUCGAAGAGGAAAAAACAUGCCAAGAAAAUGACAAUUUUACCAAUCAGGAAUUCCUGAAUAAAGUUGUGGAUGGCAUAUUUGCCAGCGACGAGCCCAAAGAGCAAAGAAAGAGCGACAGGAUGUGCAAAGGCAAACGUUAUGAACGCUUCAUGUUCGAAGGCAAACUUUUGGGCAACAAAAGAGACACGAAACUGACCCAGCAUCACAAAACAGGAAAAACGGAGCAAGAGAAGCCAACUGGACAGGAAACGACUAAACUCAAUUUGGAAAACACUAUUAAGCGGUUGGCGGAACGGACUAAUGCUAAAAUUGAUGAUGAGGACCUGAAACCAAAGGUCGAACGAGUGCGAACAAUCUCAGAAACGUCCGAAGGAGCCAAAUCUUCGCAAGUAAACUUCAACUUGGAUUUGAGGAUAGAACGUCUGCCCAGUUUGAGCUACGACGAUUUCAUCCGACGAAAACGCGAUACCAAAAAACGAAAAUUGAGAAUCAAAACUGACAGUCACAAAAUCCAAAGGCUCGAAAACAACAAGCCAUCGAUUCACAGUCCUCCUCCUGUUGUCGGAUCGAAAAAACGCAAAAAUAAGCAGAGCAUCAUGCAUUUAAAUACUAGCGAAGAUGCGUUGCCGAAUGAUAAUGCUCUGUUGGGAUUGACGACGUUGGCGACGUUAGCUGCCAGAUCUGAGAAAAUGUAAGAAAAUUUGGGUAAAUAAAAUGAUUGUGCCUUGGAGAAGAUAUUAUUUCUCAGGAUUUGAUCCUUAUUGGAGCAAAAUACUAAAAAUGUUUGAAUUGUCUUCCCCUACUCUUAUAGGCCAAGUAAUCUGCUAUUAUUAUUAUUAAUUUGUGUUGGUUUUGUUGCUUAUGUUUAUGCUUAUUAUUUUUAUAUUUUAUCAUGAUUGUUAACAUUUUUAAGUCUUUUUACUAAGUAACCUGUAGGACCAAAUAUACAACAAAGCAAUAUUUGAACUUUUUACGUAACUGUGUUGAAAAAAAAUAAUAAUUGCAAAUAGCUGAUCAUAAAAACUACUACUUUCUAUAGUUCUCAAAUACGGGUUUGUAAGUAACAGGUGGGCUAUUUUACCUACACAUUAUAUCCCACCUAAUGUUUUGACUCUAGUCAAGUAGAGUUUUUAUUUUAUUUUACCAAAUAUUAUGUUACUGUUUGAUGUUUAAAAGGGGGGAAAAACUUGUUAUAUUGGUUUCUCGACUCAAAUCAACAAAUAAAGGAACCUUGUGGACCAUUUGAGGAAAUUAUACAUAUUUAUAUCAAAAGUUGUUGAUAGUCAAUUAGAACACUUAAAAUAUCGAAUUUAAUUAUUACUGCACUGGCAUUUGUCUAGCUUGAUCCAAAAAAAAUGUCGCUUAAAUUUGUUCUUCCAACAAAUAUUGUUAUUUGUACAUAGUUUUGUUUUUUUUAAAUCUAUAUUGUUCUAAUCGUGACAACCAAAUAAUCAUUACAUGUAUUUUAUUUAAUUGUUAAAUGUAUUGUUUUUAAUCUCUUAGUUUUUAAAUUGUAUCUUUUUUUUUUUACCUAAAACGUCUAUUAUAUUAUAUUUUAUUUUAUUAUUAUUACUAAUUUAUGUCCUUUAAGUUAUCCAUUAACACUUGUUGGUUUUGCCAUUUUAUUGUUGUCACAAAAGAUUUUAUACUCUUGACAACAUUGUUACUCAGAAAUCCAAGUAAUAAUGCUAACCUAAUGGGCAUUAUUAAUUUGUCAUUAGAUUUUUAUAAGUGAUUUUAGCAGUGUUUGAAAAUUAAAUUUCUUUAUAAUAGACCAGCUUUAAAAAUGAUAAUGCCAACCUACAGAUUGUUACAAAAUAGUUGCCUAAAAAAAAAACAAUUAGAUUUUUAAGAAGAUUAGAUAUUGAUUCAUAUAAAUAACGACCCUGUGUUUUAAACAUGCCUUAAAACACCGAGUCUUAUGACGUAGGGCCUUAAACCAUAUAUUAUAAAUGACCAAAAUUUUAAAUCAGCCUUAUAGAUAUUUAGGAUUUAUUAUAUUCAUAUUUAUUUAAAAAAUGAUAUAUUGACACUUUUUAAAAUGGGUGCGGGCCUGUUACCAAUGGAAUACGAUUGUUCGGGUGUAAUGCAAAAUGGAAUGUGAUAUAAGAUAACUUUAUUUUUCUAUUGGAAAGAUUCUUUGCUUUUUUUUUUAAUUUAUGAUGUUUGUAUAGUGCCUUUUUAUUUAUUUAUAUAGUUGUGUAAAAACUAGUUGUUCAGCCUCUCGAAAGAGGUAACUAACACUGGAUGAUACAUUUAAGUUUUAAUAAAGUUUAUUACAUAAAUAAUU